UAGUCUAUAAGUAGAAGCGGAAACAAAAGACCCCUCGAUCGGGAGCGGAGCGGCGCCUCGGCCCCGGCCUUAACCCGCCCCGCGAGAGCCCGGCCCCCUCCUGGAGCAACCAGCGCCGCCGCCGCCUCCUCCUCUUCCUCCCCCCCUCGCGGCUUCCCUACACCGGCCCGCCCGCAUCCCCGGCUCCCCAUGGCGCUGAAGCGGAUACAGAAGGAGCUAAGUGAUCUGCAACGUGACCCACCUGCACACUGCUCAGCAGGACCUGUUGGAGAUGAUUUGUUCCACUGGCAGGCAACUAUUAUGGGACCUCCUGACAGUGCAUAUCAAGGGGGAGUCUUUUUUCUCACUGUACAUUUUCCAACAGACUACCCAUUCAAACCACCAAAGAUUGCAUUUACAACAAAAAUCUAUCAUCCAAACAUAAAUAGCAAUGGGAGUAUUUGUCUUGAUAUCCUGAGGUCACAGUGGUCACCUGCUCUGACUGUAUCUAAAGUUCUCUUGUCCAUAUGCUCUUUACUUUGCGAUCCUAAUCCAGAUGACCCUUUAGUACCAGAUAUUGCACAGAUCUACAAGUCAGACAAGGAAAAAUAUAACAGACAUGCAAGAGAAUGGACCCAGAAAUAUGCAAUGUAAACUUUGAAGACUUUUUCAUAUAUACCAGAGUACUGUAAAUUCUAGGGUUUUUUCAAAAUUAGAAGUACGUGGAGCACAGUUUACUGUUUCAGUGUACCAUGAGGCCCUUUUUGAUUUUCACCAGUAUAAAUGUGUUUCUGGAACAAGGAAAUAACUACAAAAAUUAACCUGAAGACUGUGAUGAGAGUAUUUAUCCUUUUUGUAUGCUUUGCAAAAGACAUUUAUUACUUUUUUUUUAAGAUACUUGGACAUCUGCAUCUCCAGCCUACAAGAGUCACAAUGCAGUUGUAGAGCAACCAAAUUAUUUUUGCUGAAAAACUAGGUGUUACAUGAACUAUUCUGUGUGUCUUUGAGAUGUUGGUCCUGUAAGUCUGUCUGUAUUUCAUUCUUUGUUAGUUCAUUGUAUAAUUUGUAUUUUUUUUACUGUAUAGACUAUAUUUUAUUUACCAUGUAAGUCAACUUACUUUAGACUUUCUGCACAGUAUUGAUGAAAUAAAAGACAUUUUCCUUCCCAAAGGAAUACUCUGUAAACUGAUAGACUUAAAACAAAACUUUGCACUCUAAUUCUCAGUAUGCCGAUUAUGGGGAAACACUUGGUUUUGAUUCUGUUGCAUACUUAAUUUUAUUGCAAUGUGAACUAAUUGCACUGCUCUGUAGAAAGAAAUGUAACUAAUUUUGUUCUGUUCACAGCUGACUUUUUUUUUAUCCCAGGUGGGCAAUAUAAUCUUUGACCUUUUAACAAAUUGACUUGAAGCUUUUCCAUACAAAUAAAAUGUGUUUUUUACUACUUGUCUUGGCUGUUCUUUAAGUCUUGCACAUUCUUCACAUGUGCUUGCUCUGAAAAGAUCAAAAUAUUGCUAAAUAUAUGAAUGACUAUUGGGAGAAGCAGGCCCAUGUGUUUGAAAUUGCUGCGAAUUCUUGAAUAUGUUAUGGAAGCUGUUACACAAUUUUAUGUGUGUGAUUCAUUGUGUUGUAUUGUGUAUGAUCUGAGUUGUUGGAUCUUGUACCCAAUACAGAAAACUACUUUGACUAACAAAAUUGUUAAGCCCCACACUUUGCUUAAAUUAAUAACUUAUUAAUUUUGCAGUGUCAUUGAAGCUAUUUCCCUCAACUGUGUAACAAUAUUUUGAUCUCAUACUUCUACACUCUUAAACUAAUAUUUUUAAUCACACACACAUACUUCUCCAUGCAUGUAUGGAGAAAACAGCCUUCGGUUCUUUGAAAACGAGGAUGCUUAAAAAAAGGUGUGUGUGGUCAUGGAAUACUACACCCUUGUGAAAAGCUUUUUAGUUUGUGGCUGCAGUAAUUAUUAAACACAGCUUGCUUGAAUGGCAAGUUUGCCGUUGCAGACCCCAUUUGACCCCUUCUGGAGAAGGGAAUAUAGUUAUAGUGCUUUGCUAUACCAAGGAACAACUUUUUUGUAAAAAAGCACAUAUAUAACUGGAAUGUGUAGAAGUGAGGCAAGCAUCCCAGUGGCUAUUUUUCUAUUACUGGAAUUUAAAGGAAAAAAAUGUUUAAAUGUUAAACGUCUUAGGUAGCUCUCAUGGCCUAGGGAAAAAAAAUCUGUACUGGUCACUUGUACAUAAAGGUAAUUGAGAGUUUAGGAUUUUUUUUACCUCAAUGUAUACAAUCAGCUCUUUAAGAUGGAAGCUUUAUGAAAUAAGCACUGAAAAAUAUUGUUACAUUUCUUCUGUGUCAUUGCUUGCUGUGAAAUACAUCAGUCUGCAAAACAGCCAAUAAGCUUUCCCGUGCAGUAAAUGAUGUUUCCACUAUACUUGAAGUAAAAAAGGGAUGCCAUACCUUAGAAGGCAAAGCAAUUAAUCACAUCUGUCAUAAAUACUUAACACUAACUGCUGACUGAUGUCCCAGACUUCUUUUUAAAUCCCUGCCUAUCUUACGAUAUGUUUGUCCCAGAAGAAUUUAUAGUCCUUAAUCCCCUGCAGAGGACUAUGAAAUUUGGCAGUUUGAUUUUGCAUGCCUGUUAAGCGAAAGAGCAUUUAAUCUUCUGCUUUUCUAAUUAUAUGGAGGCUGGUUUGAAACUAUUUAAAUUGUUACUAUGCUUUGAAGUAUGCAUCAUACAAAAAGGAAUUUACUUACCAUAAUGCAAAGUCUUCAGGCUGAGCAAAAUAGGUGCAGAUCAGCAAGACUUUUACUCUUCCUUCUUCACAGGGCUUUUUGAAAGGCAAGUGUGUUGAAGCCAUACUCCCCUCGCCCCAUGCAUCAGUGUCAUUGAAAACUAAUUUGGAGAGUUUCAUAUGGAGCUAAAAUAAUCUUAAUAAAAUAGUACCAUGAAUUACUUCAUUCUCUGGGCUUGUUUUGAAGUAUGGCUUUCAAUAACUAAGGGUGUUGAAAUUCCCAUUGAAACAUUUUAUAUUCCCUGGUGAAUGUCCUUCCUCUGCUAUUUGAAUAAUUCCCUGUAAGGUUCUUUAGUUUUCAUUAUGUUUGCUCAGUCCUGGUGCUUCCAUUAUGGUGGCCUAAAUGUUGUCUGUGCUUCAGUCCCUCUUACCAAAUCCCACUUUAUACUGUACACGGCCUUAGCAAAGGGCAUUUACUGAGCCAUCCCAUUAUUCUCUGUAUAUUCCACACAUGGCACGAUUGGCAUGACUAAAGCAAAGGAUCUCUGUAUCACUGAACUUUUCAGAAGUGUAAUCUUUAGUCAUUCUAGUUAAUGUUAAAUAAGGCGUACUUUCUAGCGACUUCUGAUGUGAUAUUUUUCUGCCUAAAGAUGUCAGCUGAGGCUUGAAUGAAAAAUAAAGAGAUUUGAUUUGAAA